AACGGGGGUCUACCCGUGGCAGAGUGUUCCUCUCGGCCGCACAGUAUUCAUCGUGGGUCCGACGCCACACUAGCUAGUUUGUUCUCGUGUGAGGUGGGUUCUGGUGUUUGAUGUUGGUGUGAUUAUUGUUAUUGUAUUGUUUGUCGUCGCUGGAAAAACCAUCGCCUACCCGAGUCACUGUACCGUCAAGGUGCUUUCGGUGUUGAACGUUAUUCGACGCGCUAGCUUGCAGAUCGUUUGUGGUUGGUGGAGAUUGUAGUCUUGUUUAGAUUUUGCUUUCCAACGUACGUCUACCAGGUGAAUAUGGGCUCCAAGUUGAUUCUAUCGAUUGGUGUGCUGUUGGUCGUUGCUGCAAUGGUAACGUCCAAAUCGGUUCCGGAGCAACGUUCCCAUCUCGAUCUAGCCGAGGUGGACUCGAGCGAGGAGCAACCGUGUACGAUCGACCGUGUAAAGGGUUUCUUCGGUGACCUAUCGACCAAGGUGAAGGAGGGCGUACAGGAAGGUGUGGUGAAGGUGAAGGACGGUGUCAAGAAGGGCACAACCAAGGCGAAGGAGUAUGCCACCAAUGUGCGCGAUUAUCUGCGCGAUAAGUUCAGCAGCGACUCCAAGGAGGUACCAGUACCGACCACCACACCAAAAGCAACUGCUGGAUUCUGAUGAUUUUGAUAAUACGUUCCGCACGGAAAUGGCAUUGAGCGCACGAAAGCAUCUCACCCAAGUCUGGUGAUGAAUAAAGUUUUGCUUGAUA